AUGGCGUGGUACGACCAGGACAGCUGGCUCACGGCCGCUUUCUCCCCGAACCCUCUCACCAUACUCAUCACCUUCAUUGUCGCGAUUGGCCUGCCGAUAAUAAUACACACCAUUCUGUACAAAAAGGCAGCUGCGGCUGCGCAACAGCCUACCUUGUUGCUCGUUGGACCAAGUGGCAGUGGAAAGACGGCCUUUACGACAUUGGCCGAGCGCAAUGCUACGACGCAGACGCACACCUCCACUACCCCUCUCACCGUCUCCGCUAUCCUCCCGAGCCCACACGUCCCCGCAUCUUCACACUACCGCUCACCAGGCGACCCAGCCUUCGAGCGCUCCCGCAACUUCCUUCUCCUUGACACACCCGGCCACGGCAAGCUCAGACACUAUGCCACCGCCCAGCUAGCCGACCCUAAGAGCAUCCGUGCUAUAAUCUUCGUUGUCGACGCUGCCCAGCUGGGCGAUGAAGCCGGGUUGAACGAGGCAGGAGAGUACCUUCAUGACGUCCUUCUAUCGCUGCAAAAACGCUACACCAACGCUGCAACAAGCAAAGGACCAAAAGAAAUUCCUGUCCUGGUUGCAGCAAAUAAGAUGGACCUGUUCACUGCGCUGCCCCCGAACCUUGUCAAGACUUCGCUUGAGAAAACCAUCACGGAAGUCAGGGCUAACAGGGCGAAGGCGCUCCGUGAUGCAGGUGCGGCGCUGAGUGGAGGUGAGGACGAGGUUGACGAAGAGAAAGAAUGGCUUGGCGAGGGUGGCGAAGGCGCGUUCACGUUUGAGCAGAUGAGGGAGAGUGGAACGAGUGUAGAUGUGAUUGGGGGUAAUGUUAUCGCAGGCAAGGAGGGCGGUGAUGUAGAGAAGUGGUGGCAGUGGAUUGCGGAACAACUUUGA